UUUGCAGCAUUUGCAAAGGAGGCAACGGAGCCGAGCAGUUGAAGGACAUCAAAUGAAACACGGGAGCGCUUUACAGCGGGUCCUCUUGAGUUUUGCGCGUAGCCUGUGUGCUCCGAGCCUGGAGACAGUACGUUUUAGUGAAAAUCAUGGAAGAUAAAUCAAAUUCGUUCUCCAGCAACAAAGAAGGGGAGAAAGCAGAUGGGAAUAAUGUAUUUCAAAGGCAAGACUCGAUACAGAAGAACAAUAUGGGGAGCCAGAACCUGAAAGGAGGGGACCAUGGAAACUCGGUGGGCUUCAAGGGGGACCGGGAGGAAGCCUUGGUCGGGUUCGACGAUAUAGACGGGUCCGGAAACCGACAUGGCUUUAUGCAGCGGCAAUUUGGAGCGAUGAUGCAGCCCGGCGUCAAUAAGUUCUCCCUGCGAAUGUUCGGCAGUCAGAAAGCCGUUGAGAAAGAGCAAGAAAGGGUCCAGACGGCUGGAUACUGGAUCAUUCAUCCCUAUAGCGAUUUUAGGUUCUACUGGGACUUGGUAAUGCUGGUCAUGAUGAUGGGGAACCUGAUCAUCAUUCCUGUAGGAAUAACCUUCUUCUCGGAGCAGACCACCACCACCUGGCUAAUAUUCAACGUAGCAUCAGACACCAUCUUCCUCGUGGAUCUGGUCAUGAACUUCCGCACGGGGAUCGUCAACGAGGAGAGCUCCGAGAUCAUCCUGGACCCCAAGGUCAUAAAGAUGAACUACCUGAAGAGCUGGUUUGUGGUCGACUUCCUCUCGUCCAUACCAGUGGAUUAUAUAUUUCUAAUAGUGGAAAAGGGGUUUGACUCAGAGGUGUACAAGACGGCGAGGGCGCUGAGGAUCGUGAGGUUUACUAAGAUCCUGUCUCUUCUGAGGCUACUGAGACUUUCCAGACUCAUCAGAUACAUACACCAGUGGGAGGAGAUUUUCCAUAUGACGUAUGACCUGGCCAGUGCUGUGGUAAGAAUAUUUAAUCUGAUAGGGAUGAUGCUGCUGCUGUGCCACUGGGACGGUUGUCUGCAGUUCCUGGUCCCACUCCUACAAGAUUUCCCUCAAGAUUGUUGGGUGUCGCUAAACGGUAUGGUUAAUGACUCGUGGGGUAAGCAGUACUCGUACGCACUCUUCAAGGCCAUGAGUCACAUGCUGUGUAUCGGGUACGGCGCCCGGGCUCCCGUCAGCAUGUCCGACCUGUGGAUCACCAUGCUCAGUAUGAUCGUGGGCGCCACCUGCUACGCCAUGUUCGUGGGUCACGCCACCGCUCUCAUCCAAUCACUGGACUCCUCCCGCAGGCAGUACCAAGAGAAGUAUAAACAAGUGGAGCAGUACAUGUCGUUCCACAAGCUCCCCGCAGACAUGCGGCAGAAGAUCCAUGAUUACUAUGAGCAUCGUUAUCAGGGCAAGAUCUUUGACGAGGACAAUAUCCUGAGUGAGCUCAACGAUCCGCUCAAAGAGGAAAUUGUGAACUUCAACUGUCGGAAGCUGGUGGCUACCAUGCCGCUGUUCGCCAACGCGGACCCCAACUUCGUGACGGGCAUGUUGAGCAAGCUGAAGUUCGAGGUGUUCCAGCCCAACGAUUACAUCAUCAGGGAGGGCACCGUGGGCAAGAAGAUGUACUUCAUUCAACAUGGUGUGGCCAGCGUCAUCACCAAGCUUAACAAAGAGAUGAAGCUGACGGAUGGCUCUUACUUUGGAGAGAUCUGUCUGCUGACGAAGGGGAGACGCACGGCGAGCGUUCGCGCUGACACCUACUGCCGUCUCUUCUCCCUCUCUGUGGAUCACUUCAACGAGGUGUUGGAAGAGUACCCUAUGAUGCGCCGCGCGUUCGAGACCGUAGCCAUCGACCGCCUGGACCGCAUCGGGAAGAAGAACAGCCUGCUCCUGCAGAAGUUCCAGAAGGAUCUGAACGCUGGGGUGUUCAACACGCAGGAGAACGAAAUACUGAAGCAGAUAAUCCGUCAGGACAGGGAGAUGGUGAUGAUGGUGGACCGCAAGCAGUCGGUCACAGGGAUGUCGGUCACAGGGAUGUCGGUCACAGGGAUGAACACCACCCCAAUAUCUGGAAACUCCAUCAUUAACUCGCCGGCUCAGCCGCCCUACACCACUGCCCUGGGCAACAACCAGUUUCAGCAGUCAGCCACCUCUUUGACCUACAGUGCUUCGGCCGUCAUCGCCCCCUCCACCGCAGCCACUGCCCGCAUCCUGCCAGCCUCGGCGCAGGGUGUCUAUCCCGUCCCCAGCGUCAUCCACGGCAACCUGAACUCAUCCUCGCCCGUCCCCCAGACUCCCCUCUCUCUCCAUCAGCAAGGGUCCAUCAUGUCCCCGGUAUCCUUCACCACGGCGGUGUGCAGUCCACCCGUGCAGACCCCUGGGCUGGCGGGCCGCAGCUUCCAGUACGGCUCGCCCACCGCCUCCCAGCUCUCCCUUAUCCAGCAGCCGCUGCCUACUGCCCUACCACCGCAGCAACCACUACCACAGCCACAGCAACCAGGAGGAGCUGCGGCCUCCUCAGCAACACAACAACCACAACAGCAGCAACAAGUCCCGUCACCUCAGAGGAGUGACAGCCUCCACAAGGCCAGUCAUGCUCUCCAGUCGGGAAGCCUGAGUCGAGACGUGCGCCACCUCUCUGCCUCCCAGCCCUCCCUGCCCCACGACACGUCCCUGGGGCCCCGAGCGCACCCUGCAGCGUCCGGGGACUCCCUGGCCUCCAUUGCCCCGCCGGUGGCUGCGGUCCAGGGUAUGGGUAUACAGAGCGGUCUCCGCACCACAGUGCCCCAGAGGGUCAACCUGUUCCGCCAGAUGUCAUCAGGAGCGUUGCCUCCAGUGCGAGCGGUGUCCUCUGCAGCCCAGCACAGGGAUUCCACUGGUUCUAGGAGAGAUUCUAGAAGAGAUUCUACCUUAAGCAGUACAGAGACCGAGCAAGAUAAGAUGCGGUUCGCAUCAAAUUUAUGAUCCCAUUUUUCUUUUUUUUAAACUUCUGUUUUAUUUAAUUUUUAAAUGGAGAUACAAAAAAGAUAAAGAUGAACUUGAGUAUUUUUUUGUUUUCUCAAAAAUUUUCUUCAGAAAAAAAAAUUAGCCGAAAGGAAUUCCUGUACAGACUGCCCUUGUAUUAUAUUUUAGACACAUUUCUCCCUACAUUUAAGAAUGUAUAUUAAAUAAAUAUAUAUAUAUAUAUAUGUGUGUAAAUCCAACUAGAAUAUUUGGCAAAGACUAUUUAAAAGCUCUAGUAUAUAAACAUGAGUCUUCCUUUCCAAAAAAUAUAAAUAUAGAUAUCAAAUGUAUGGAGAGAGGGGGGGGUUGUUUGUUAUUUUCUGUUUUUGUAAACUGGAAUGCAUCGUGAUGAAUCCUGACAGAUGACUUUUUGACUUUUUUUUUUGUACCUGCGAGAAGAGGAAGUAAAAUAUCUUCUCACAUUACGCAGCUUUGUCACCACUGUGGAAUAACUGACGCAAGCGAACCUUGAAACUGUCAAAAAAAAAAGAAGAAGCACACACUCAAACAUAAAUCUAAUGGCAGAACUUGUGGGACCUUAAUCUUAGCAAUCAACACAGGUACAAUAGCUAGGUGUUCCAUUGCUCUCAGCAAUACAUCCUCUUGAGCCACAGUGUCCUCACACAGUGGUCGGUGAACACCACGACAGUGUUAUGGGUCCAAAAUGAUGUAAAUAGAAGUGAUGCUCUUUUUUUGUUUGUAGGAGGAUGAUGUGAGCGAAGAAUGGAUGAUGCUGUUUUUAGUCCUAAUUUCAGACAGUGAUAGACGUUAUGUAAUGUUGCUUAACAAAACUAUGUGUACAUUUAUAAUAUUUAUAAACUAAAGAUUAUCACCAUUAUGCAAUAGACUGUGAUAUAAAGAUUAUCUAUAUGUGUGUUGUAAAUAGUUUUGUAGAUCUAGUAUUUACAGAUACUGUGUGGUGCAUUCUCAAUCAUAACAAUGUCUUACUUCUUUCAGGAACCUUGAUAUCUUCAUCAUCUUCUGUAUGUGAGAAAAAAAGUUAAUAAGUGACAACAAUGCGUAUAUUCAUUAGAGAUAAGAAAACCUUAACGCAAUAGCAAGCACUACUUGACACUGAGAAAUGCCUGUCAAACUGAGAAUCUUCAUUAGUCUGCAUAGUCCUGGUUUCUUUCUUCAUUUUAACCAUCUAGCAAGCAAAAGAGAAGCGAUUGAGGGAUUAAAUAUUUUUUUUUAACGCUGAGGUUUCAACACUUUUCAACACAUUUAACGCGGAGGUUUCAACACUUUUCAACACAUUUAACGCGGAGGUUUCAACACUUUUCAACACAUUUAACACUUUUAACACUGAGAUUUCAACACUUUUCAACACAUUUAACGCGGAGGUUUCAACACUUUUCAACACAUUUAACACUGAGGUUUCAACACUUUUCAACACAUUUAACGCGGAGGUUUCAACACUUUUCAACACAUUUAACGCGGAGGUUUCAACACUUUUCAACACAUUUAACGCGGAGGUUUCAACACUUUUCAACACAUUUGUAGCAUGGACUCCGUAACACCUGUUAUUUUACACUUCAAACACGUCUCCCCUGUAUUGUACAUCUCCUUUGCAAACAUGUUAUUUGUAGAGAUGCUUUAUUUUAUUUCAGUCACACGCUACACAAUACAGUAAUACCCUUUUACAGUGUGUUUUUCUUACUGUGGGUGUGCCGGGUGAGUAAACCUACCCAUUCCUUACAGCAAUUAAAGAGUUUUUGUAUGUUUGACUACCCAUACACAAUGUGACACUUUAGAAUUACUGUAAAUAUGAAUCGUUGUUGAAUCUAUCACAUCUCGACUCCAAAUCUUUCAGUUAGUUUAGACACCUUUUGAUUUUCGGGGGUACGGACGGCCUGUUUGGAUGUUUUAGUCAGGCUUUCUGGUUUUUAUUUAUUUUUUAUGUCUUUUUCAUAUUUCAUUUAAUUGAUUCACCUUCCAUAUCAUGUUUUCAAAUAAUGUGAUCGUCUAGUGUGGCAGUGGAAUGGAAAGGAAAGUUUUCAUACCGACAGAAAAUGUAUGAAUUCAGUCUUUUUCUGCAAUAUGCCCAUCCGCUGUAGGUUUGCAAUCUUGACGUGUGAAUUUUCCAGUCAAAGUUAAUGUUGAAGAAGACUGACAUGACCUUUUCCAGACACCUCUCUUUUUGAGUAGGUCAUGUUAUAAAUCAAGUGUUUGGGCCCCAUUUGAAAAACAAUCACCGUGUGUGAAUCAGAGCGAGAGCAACAUAUGCUGGGUUGCAUUAAGGUUUCUGUCUCUUGUGUGUCUGAAUCCAUCAUAGUAACUGUAACAAUAUCAACAAAAUUACAAUGUUUAAGCUUAUUUAUUUAGUGUCCUGGGGGGUCCAGAAAUGUGACUAAACUUUGAGAUAAUUCAUUAAGGUCAGUCAUUCUAACACAGCUUACCCUCAUGUGGUUGCAAACUAUUUGACGUGCUUAUGAAUUGAUGUGUAUGUUUGCUAGAGACUCCCCCCUCCAUGUAUUGUGUAUAGUAACCAUGUGAGUAAUUAGUGUGAUAUGUUCCUCACAGACAACCACCUCUCAUGGUUUUAGAGUCACAAUCUUCAUGGCGGAAAACAUGCUCCAUCAGUCGGUUCUGAGUAUCUAAGCCCCCCCCAACCCUUAGAGACACACCUAAAAUGAUGAGCAGUACUUCAAUACAGAACGUGUGUGAACAUUCUUCCGAUAGAGUCCACCUCCCCCCAAAAAUAUGUCUCAUAAAAAGCAUGCACUUCUCACAAAUACUUAAAAAGAUACUAUAUAAAAAAAAAGGUUGACGUUAAAUGUCCUGUGAGAUUAUGUUUUGUUCAUUGUCUGUCUAGACGUUAUUUGUGUGCAACGAAAGCGUUGACAUUUUCACAAAAGGACACUUAAGUAUUUGUGCCUAAAACUGUAGCCAUGUUCGAUACUUUUUUUGUUUGUUUUGAGUGGGAGGAGCUAUAAUGUGCAUAUGCACCUAUACAACACAUAUAUUACUUAUCAUAUGUGUUCUAUGUUUCAAUAUAUAUAUUUUUUUUUGAGAGGAAGAUGUAACCAAUGAAGAUGAUGGCCAAAUGUCUCAGUUUAACAAUUGGAAUCUUUGAAGAGAAUUGCGAACUUCUAUGAAAAGUUUCUCUCAUUCUGAUAUAGAACUCUCGGAAUUACAGUAAUGACUAGUACAGUCUCUACAGAACUAAGAGGAUACUAACACGUUGACGAGACAUUGUAAAACAUUUGAAGCACCUUUUGUAACUUCCUGUGUAGCUAGCCACUGAUGUUUUGUUGAUUGUUAAUGUUGCGCGGAAUGAAACUGGCCAAAGCAAAACAUUCAAAGUAAUUUUCUUUGUUUUGAAUUGCACUUUCUGAUGAAAGAAAAAUACGAUACAGACUCUUCAGUCAGAUAUUUUAAGUGAAUAGAAGGUUUAAAGGGAGAUGUAUGAUCUAGAUUGGAACUCUCUAAACAUGGAGAAAUGUUCUAUUCCAAGACUGCUUAAUCCUGACCUGCCAUGGUGAAUGUAUUCAUGGGUUGCACCUCCGUCUCGUCGUUGUCAUUGUGAACGUUUUACAGAUGCCACAGCCAUACUGGUGCCCCAAAAGUACAGUGAUGCCCGCCCAGUCAUUCUGAACGGGGCUGAUGACUGUUUCAUCUAAAUGACACUAUAGUGGCCGGGAAAUACAAAGACGUUACUAAAGUAAGCAAAUGUUUAGUAGGAAUCAGCUUUGCCAUCAUCAUUAAUGUAGUCAAACUUACUUUAGACAGAUGACAAUGUUGUCAUUAGCUAGCAAAGAUUGACCAAAAUAGUUAGCAAAGCUAACUUUAGCUAUCUUAAAUCCGUUGGUCUCCCCUCAAUCUUAGCUAGCUAGCUAAUGUUAUACUGCAUCUAAAGUCAAUCUGGUGACAACAUUUUGUCCUUAUUUUGCCAGGUAAAUUGACUGAAAACAAAUGUUGAUUUACAGCAAUGACCUGGUGAAUAGUUACAAGGUAGAGAAAGGGGGAUGAAUGAAGCCAAUUGGACAAUGAUGACAAACCUGCAAAUGAUUUGCCUCUACAAAUGUCAUUGUAUUUUCAAGCCACUGUCACGCACAUUUGAUGAAAUCUUCAUCAGAGCCAAUUGACAAUGCAUUGAGUAGAGCGCGCGGUCGGGCAUCAGUCCUAAAACGAACGUUCAAAACAACAUUGUGACGAAAUGUGCAACCCAUGAAUAGGAACUACUCCACGGUUCCGAUGGAUAGCAGCGCUGUUGGUUUGUGCUGUUUUUGACACUUGCCUUUGGAGGGGAAAGCUUCCCAGCUAUGUGCUUUUUUUUCUCACAAUUAAUUCCGACCACAGCAAUCUAGCAUUCUGGAAUGGGCAUUAUGACGUAUGUAGUACAACACGAACGGACGAAUCAGCUUACAGUUUUAGCAGUAUGGAGAACUCUCAAUUAACCAGCACAUAUAUUUGUACAUUUAAUUUUGUUUGGUUUUUAAAUAAAAAUGCUAAAAUGAACAAAGCCCAGUGCCCAGAGAAAGGAAACUAGGGUCUUUAUUCACAAAGCCUCUCAGAGGAGGACUGCUGACCUAGUAUUAGUUUAACCUUUUGGAUAAAUUCAUGUGAUUAUUUGGACAAAAGGAAAAACUGAUUUUAGAUCAGUACUCCUAAACGGUUGUUUUGUGAAUACGGGCCCGGAACAUUUGGGUUCUGAACCUUGACAGUGCAGGUGUAAUAUGUUAACUGAUAAUGUGCGAUAAUGUUCAUCUUGGAGAGAUUAUGGUGUAGAUAAUGCUGUAAGUUACGAGCCACACGUACGUUCCUCUUAAACCCUACUGACAGAUUCAUGUUAAUAAAACAAGCUUGGUAUAAAAUGAACAGUUAGUUGGUUACUUGACACAGAGUUCUUACAACUAUAUGCAGACAAAUGGUGUUUGUCAAAAAAAAUAUUUUGAUUUCUGUUUGAAUUUUGUUUUGUUUGUAAAUAAUAAACCUUUAACAUGUAGAAAAUAAAAGACAUAUUGUCAUUUA